AUGUUCACACCCGUCGAAACGAGCAUAGGAGCCAUCUUGCUCCACCAGGCUACCAGCAUACUCCUCUACAACAAUGGCACCAUUCUGGGAGCAUCCGAGUACAUGCGAAGGCUGGCAUCGAGGCCUACGGUUGGAGUCGCAGCUUUCUUCGCUGGCAUGGUCGCAAGUUUCCCACUGCUACGUGUCGUUCUCCCUGAGCUGCUCACCAAAUAUCCUCCUCCACCAUCGACGUCAGGACAAGCUCUGGUAACUGUUGCGAUGGGCUUGCUCGUCGGAUGGGGAACAAAGGCGGCACACGGAUGUACUUCUGGUCAUAUGCUUUGCGGACUCUCGAGACUGAACGCUCGCUCGGCACUUGCUGUAGCAACAUUCUUCCCGCUGGCUAUUGUAACGCACCACCUCGUGCAUCCAACCCUCAUGACCACAGUCUGCACGGGCGACCGCCCUUGCUACACGGCGACAUAUCCCACACAGGUCACCACGACUUUGCUAGUUACGCUCGCUGCCAUUACCAUCGCGGCUGGUCGGUUGAUCCCUCGAAUUGUCGCGAGACUGAGCGAGGACGCAAAGAAGGCGGAGGACAAAAGCGACGAUACCUCCUUAGCGCGCCAUGCAACCGAACUCCUCGCGGGCCUAGAAUUCGGUCUUGGACUACACAUAACACAAAUGUCAAAUCCUGCAAAGGUAGCGGCCUUCCUAUCUUUUCCUCGGCUUGAGGUGUGGGACCCUUCCAUGAUGCUCGUUAUAGCUUUUGGUAUCCUUCCGAGUCUAUUUGAGAACCUCUCAAAAGGCUUCAACAACCCGCCACGAUUUACCAAAAAGUAUGAGUUGGGAAACAAGACCAUCGCUGAUACCGACUGGAAGUUGGUCCUAGGAGCAGCGGCUUUUGGUAUUGGCUGGGGACUCUCAGAAGAGCAAGCUACACAAUGGGAGGAAAAAUUAGCCGACUACACAAACCGCCACAAGAUUAGUGGCACUCCAAAGUUCUGGAGUCUGUACUGGACGCCUCCGCAAGUGCAAAUCCGCAGCCACCCCAGAGUCAUGGAAGCUAUGAAAUGCAUGAGCCAGCUGUGGACGGUAACAUGUCCUUCAAUACCCAUCGACUUGGCAAGCCAAAUUGCCUACUCCGAUCAACUCCGCAUCCCGCUACCUUCGGAAGGCAGCUAA